AUGUCUAGUCUAAUGAGUGGAAUAUUGAAUAUCUGGUUCUUCGCAUUUUCAUUUGUUCCAUGGUUUUUAAUUGACAGGGUCGGAAGAAAGCCACUGUUCCUUAUUGGUACUGCAGGGCAAAUGAUAGCCUUUAUUAUUUCAGCAGGAAUGGUAUUCAAAGUUAACCAAGAUCCUGAAGGAAACAGAAAUUUUGCAAUUGUAGCUGCAACUAUGUUAUUUGUUUUCCUAGGUGCUUUUACUUUUGGUAUGCAGGCUACUGUCUGGGUAUAUCCGACUGAAAUUAUACCCCUGCGAUUGAGAUCAAAGGGUACUGCUAUCAGUACAGCUUCAAAUUGGAUAUUCAAUUUUUUGGUGGUUGAAAUCGCACCUUCAGCGGUCCAAAAUAUUGGAUUCAAGGCUUAUAUUAUCUUUGCGGUAUUCAAUUUUGUGUUUUUGUUCAUUGUUUAUUUCUAUUUCAAGGAGACCAAAGGCUUAUCUUUGGAAGCUGUGGAUGCACUGUAUGCGAAAAAAGGGGCUCUUGAGAGUCACAAUUUUGCAGUACUCGAAUCAGGUAAAAUGGAGAAGGACACUCACGAAGAAUUUAUUGAGACCGUACCGGAAACUGAGUAA